AUGGACGGCGUCUCCGUCGCCAGCAGCAUUGCUGGUCUUGUCACCCUGGCUUUGCAGGUCAGCGCCACCAUAGCAAUCUAUGUCAAUUCCAUCAAGGAACGCUCCAACACCGUCAGGGAGUUGCAUGAUGAACUUCUACUGCUGGGCGAAGUUCUUGGUGGACUUCGAGAGUUUUUGGAGAGCGAAAAAGUAAAAGGUCGGGUUCUCGAUACCCAAUCAGUCCUCUCCAGGGCCGUCAGAGACUGCCGGCAAAGGAUGGAACGCAUUGGUGACAGACUGAAACCCUCGGAUGGUGGGAAAGUUGCCCGCGCUAUUGACCAUCUGAGAUGGCCUUUCGAGCAGAGGGAAGUCAUGCAGAUGGUGGAGAAUCUACGACGAUAUACUCAGACCUUUCAAUUCGCUUUCACGAUCGAAGGGUUCAAUCUGCUAUCCAAGACCUCUGAAGAUGCAACAAAAGGCUUGCAGGAAAUGCUCCUUAUUUCGAAGAAGAUGAGCGAAUUGUCAGCUCAGAUGGGUCGGUCCGCUGACGAGUCUUCCAAACUGGCUGUUCAACUCGAGGGAAUCAUCACCCUUGUACCGAUCCUCGCAAGAACAGCCGUCGAUGUCAAUGAGAUUUCUCAAGCCACAAGACUGGCUGAAUUGAGGGAGCAAGAAAGGCGCACGACUGAUAUUUUGGACUGGUUGGCACCUUUGUCAUCCCUGCACAAGCAUCGUGAUUUGCAAGUGCGACGCGCCGAAGGCACGGGCCGGUGGUUCCUUGAACAUCCUGACUUUCUUCAUUGGGCUGGCGACAACAAUUCCAAGAACGAUCUCCUUUGUGUUGGAGGUCCCGGGGCUGGCAAAUCUGUCCUAUGCUCUCAUGCCAUCGAUUAUCUGCGUGCCAAAUUCAAGGAUCGCGACGUUGCCAUAGCCUUCUAUUACUACGACUACUCAGAUCAACAGUCGCAGAAUCCGUCCAACUUUGCGAGAUCGCUGUUGCGGCAACUCGGCUCCCAUGGCGACAUUGUCCCUUCUGCUGUUGCCGAGUUUUAUCAACGCACAAGGAACGCCGUCAAAGACCAAACUUGGUUUCAUGACUUGCUGAGGAUUACCCGUCGCGUUGUGGCAACAUUUAGUCAGUGUUUCAUCAUAGUUGACGCCCUUGACGAAGCCGACGUUCAAAGCCAACGUUCAGGGUUUUUUGAAGUCAUUGAUGCCAUUAGAAGUUCUGGAGGAAGCACGGUAAAAGUGCUAGCCACUUUGAGGCCACAUAUUCUCGAUCUCUUGGCCAAGUUCCAUGAACCUGCGACAAUCGAUAUUCUAGCGAACCCUGGGGAUAUUCGACAAUUCCUUGUUCAGGCGAUCAAAGACCAGCCAGAGUCUGAGUACUUGAUGGAUGACAAGUUGCAGGAACGUGUUCUCAAUACGUUGUGCGAGAACGCAAAUGGUAUGUUCUUGCUACCGGCGCUUCAGAUAAAGACAAUUCUCGACCAGAUCACCAGGGCAGACGUCAAACGAACACUACUCCAUCUCUCAACCGAUUUGACUCAGGCCUUCCAGUCAACUGUCCAGAGAAUUUCUACACUGCCUACUGCUAGACGCGAUCUUGCGUUCAAAACAUUGAUGUGGCUAUCUCACGUUCGGAGACCUCUGACUGUGCGGGAAUUGCAGCAUGCCAUGGCAUUGCGGCUUGAAGAUUGUGAUCUUGAUAGGGACAACUUUCCCUCAGUGAGGACGAUUAUAGACUGCUGUUGCGGCCUAGUCGAGGUGGACUAUGAAAGCUCGAUUAUACGUUUAGUACAUCACUCACUUGAAGAAUAUCUGCGCGAUCAUGACCACGGUCUCUUCAACGAUGCCAACCUCAUCAUCACCAGGACGUGUCUCAAAUACAUGAUGCUUGGUUCAAUGAGGGACCUACCAUACAAGAAACGAACAGAUUUCGUGACGGCACUGGAAGAUGUUGCAUUCCUGCAGUAUGCAGCGCUUGAAUGGGGUCACCAUGCGUACGGUGUGCCUGCCGAGAAGAUCAAAGACCUGGCCAUUCCAUUACUUUCCGACAGCGCCUGCUUGAAUACCAUCGCCCGUGUCCGAGAUUUGUGGACUCCUGACGUCCGGGGGUGGAACGGCAAAGCCUGGGCGUGGGCCUAUUCCGGGGGAGCUGGGAUCUCGUUGGCGGCAGCAUUUGGACUCACCGAGCUCCUAAAGAUCUUGAUCGCCGCAAAUCAAUAUAACUUGCGUCUCGAUGCGCGCAACAUGUACGGAAGCACAGCUCUGCACGAGGCGGCUUUCUUCGGCCACCAGCAGGUAGCCGAAGUUCUGAUUGAAAACGGCGCUAAUCUCCUGGACACGAACUACGGUCAGAGCACUCCGUUAUACCUUGCAGUUUCCUAUGGGCAGCUCGAAAUGGUCAAACUACUUCUCAGGCACGGACGAGACCAGCUCGACUGCCCCGGGCCCAAGGGUCUUACAGCCUUGCACAAGGCCGUCGAGCAAGGAGACGAAGAAAUGGUCACCACACUCCUCCAAGCAGGGGCAUUGGUAGGUGCCACCGACAACCAGGGAACAACUGCUCUGCACGUUGCUGCUAUUCGUGGCCACCUCUCCAUCGCCAAAUUGCUGGUGCUUGCUGGUGCUGUCGUUCACGUUAAGGACAAGGAACGCCUCUGUCCCCUCGACUAUGCCGCCACAGGUGGCUUCACUGACGUGGUUGCAUUUCUGCUCGAGAACGGAGGGAGCAUGUUUCAUAAAGGCAGGGAACUAUGGACUCCACUGCACCGUGCUGCUCGAGGCGGGCAUACGGAAACGGUUGCAUUCUUUCUGAAGCGAGGCGCGAACGUGAUGGUGGCCGAUUUCAAGGACAACAUCCCUUUACAUCUGGCAGUCCGCUCGGGCAAAAUAGAGACUGCGAGGACGCUCCUCGAGCAGAACGGCGACCCAGACCUCAAGCGCGCACAGCUCUUUGCUCGAGACCGGAAGGGCUCUACCCCUCGAGUUGUCGCCUUCUUCACAGCCCACUACGACAUCCACAAGUACCUCCGGACUGCCGAGUGGCAAGUUCAGGGCAUCACUUCGCCCAGCAGUGCAAACCAACUUACCACUGCCAUUGAAAAGGGCGACCUGCCGGCAGUUCGCGCCCACUUGGACCAGGAUCCGGACUCGCUCACCUCGCUUGACGAAGACGGCCAACUACCGCUCCACGUCGCAUUACAAGAAAACCAAAAACACAUUGUCGAAUUCCUCCUUUCGCGGGGCGCGUCCGUCGAAGAGGCAGGCUACCACGGCUGGCACGCGUUACACAUUGCUGCCUCGCUGGGGAACCUGGAUCUCGUGGACCUGUGCCUCUCGCACGGCGCGGGGGUCAAUAAACGGACGAACACGAACCAAACGCCCCUGCACAAGGCCGCCUCAUCCCAUUCUAUCCCUGUCGUCCGCCGCCUGCUGUCCGCCGGCGCGAACCCCGCGGCCAUGAACGAGCGCGGCAUGACGGCUUUGCACAUCGCGGCGCACCAGAACGACAUCGCCCUCGUGCGCAUGCUCGUGCUCGAGUACGGCGGCGAGUACGGCGUCGACGUCCUGGCACGGGACCGCCAGGGCAUGACGGCCGGCAUGUGGGCCGAGAGAUCCGCGCACCUGGACGUCUCGGCUUUUCUGAGGGGCGAAGAGCGCAAGUGCAAGACGAAGAAGAGAAGCAGCGCCGCCCCCGCCGUCCAGCACCAGCAGCAGCGCACGCGCACCGAGGAGGCGAGCCCGCCACAAACACAGACAGCGGGGAGUGUUGAAAGCCUGUUGGAUUUGAAGGAUGUAAGGGACGCUUUGGGUGAGAGCAUCGCAGACGGCGGCGAUGCCGACGAUCAGGAAGAGGUCCAUAGUGCGAGAGUGAUCAAGAACGAGGACGGAAGCAAAUCUCGAGAUUACCAACUAAUAGUGAGCGAGUGA